AUGGCAGCUGUCCAACCGAACCCUUUUAACUCGGAAGAGUUAGAGCUGCUGCAGGUGUGCCCGCUCCUGACCGACAGUGAACGUCGGCGUCCUGUACUUGCACACUCCGGCUUCGAGAACCGUGGCUUGCGAGAAGUCUGCUGGGUAGGCAAAAUGCAGUACUUGAGUGGAUCAACAACUGCUAAUCCUCCUUUUAGUACCAUGUCAACAAGGAGUCAGGAUGCCGCCUUCCUCCGGAAAACUGUCCCUAUGUUCACAUCAGGCCAUCUUGUCCCGAUGCCUUUCUCGAUGCUGGCUGUCGCGAUAACAGUGCCAAACACCAAAGGGCAUUUGCACAUAAUGACAUGAUCAAGCAGCGUCGGUAGGUCCAUCAGUUGAAGAAUAACAACGUGCACUCCGAGUGUCGAGUUCACUUGCCUUCAAUUUUCGACUACGGCUUCUUGCAUCCGGUAUCGGGUCUAGAUCUUCAAGGCUUUCACGUGGAAGUUCGCAAACAAUCCAUUGUAUUCAACACAGGACUCCUGCCCAAUACCCGAAAGGACUUUGAAAGUGCAUUCCUGACGACAACACGGGCUGUGGGUUUCUACAACCAAAGUACAGUACAGGACAAAGUCACGCCAAAGCUCACGCCAUCAUACCAGCUUGAGUAUGGCUACCGAAAUGCUCAAACACCAAUGCAGACUGCAGCUUUCAAAGAUUGUCUACCUUCAGCUCGGCACAAAUACCGCCCCAAAGGCUUCGACCCAAAGCUUCUCAAUGCACUCAAGUGGAACGAUCAGGAUCAUAACGGGCGAGCGAAUUUGGCAUAUCGACAAAUGAUGGAGCAGAAGAAGACCGUUCACAUUUCAAAUCUCGACAAUGCAAUCACCGACCAGGAACUUGCAAUCUUCAUCAAAGGCCUUGGUACCAUUGUUUCCUGCAGAGUCGUCGGGAAUGUCGAAAAGGUUGAAGGCAAAGUCGUUGAUGAGCCACGCAAAGCAUAUGUGGAUUUCAAGAAUCACAAGGAUGCGCAGAUAGCGAUUUGGAUGUUGGACCAAUACCCGAUCUGCCGAAGGAUGGUUCAUACCGACUGGUCACCCAGGGAGAUGGAAGUCAGCAACGAAAGUGAUUUUGGGGAAGCUUGGCGAGAUGGCGAGAUCUUCUUGGCCAAGGCUUUCAAGGGAGGGCGUGGCUAG